GCGGGCGGUCACAUUGACAAGACCCGUUAGAGCGGCCAUGUUUUUCUUGUUGUGUUCUUUGUAAAAAAAAGCCGCAGGUCAUAAUUUUUGUAGACUGCGGAAUUAGAUUAAAAAAACGUAAUUUUAAUGCAAGUGAAUGAAAUGGCGACAACCACCAUCGAAGAGAAUGCUUUUGCAUUAGGAAAGCGAGAUGCACCGGAUCAGAUUCAACUGGAUCCUGAGCGUCUCUGGAAGACGCAAAGGCUCACCGAUUAUGCCCAGGACAUAUUUGUGAACAUGAAGGAGGCAGAGAUGCGUCGUCGUCCCAUAUUAUUCAACUCCAUGCAGCUGGAGGAGCGCCCCAAAUUGUUACAGCUUUGUCAAUUCGCAGCGCAAAAGUACAAACUGAAUCGCGCCUCAGUGCAUUUGGGUAUCUACUAUAUGGAUUGUAUGACCGACUACUACACGAUUUGUAGCGAAAAACUGCCAUUGCUGGCCCUCACAUGUCUUCACAUUGCGGCCCAGAUCGAGGACAACGAUGCGAGUGUGCCGCGCUACAGCGAACUGAACCGCCUGAUACCUGAUUCGUUGUACACCGUUUUCGAAUACAAUGUGGUGGAGCGCAAGGUGCUGGCCAGCCUGAAUUUUGAGCUAAAGCGUCCCACCACGGCCAGCUUCGUGGAGUUUUUUGCUUGCAGCUUCCUCACGCGCAACGACUUCGCCAACUACAAGGACAUGCUGGAGAACAAUCCUAGCGAGCAGAACGAUCAAUCGCCAUUGCAAUACGAAAGCUUUGCAGUCAUGAUGUCGGCCUUGUCGCAGCUGCUGCUCCGCCUGGCAGACUGUACAUUGAGCAUUACAAGUUUUGCAAACGCGCGACCUUCUUUAUUGGCCGCCGCCUGCAUAGGAGCGGUGCGUCAUCUAAGCGGACUCAAGAGCUGGUCACAGUAUCUCUCCAAACUGACAUCUUAUCCGGAACACGAGGUUGAGCCAUUGGUGGGGGAGAUCAUAAAGUACUAUAACUGGCAGCAGAACAGCUCCGUGGCGCUCAAUGCCCUGCCAACAUACGUAAACAUGGGCCCAUCUUCGGCAGAUUUCAUUAAUCCCAAUUGGUCCACACCGGACUCUGGCGUUGGGGAUUCGAUGGUCAUAGUGAAGGAAUCGAUGCUUCGGGAUAUGGAGGAAUUAAAGCUUAAAGACUCAUCGAGCGCCAGAAGUCCACCAUCGAACUGUUAACCAGCUCAGGCCGUCAAAAGUUUGAACUGGAAAACGUGCAGAUGACAUCUGUGCCAAAGAAGGGCGACUGGGUAACACUCAAAUGCGCUGUCCAGCUGGACGAUGGCUAUGUGGACAAGCAGGGGGAAAUUCUCGAGUUGCUGAAGGUGUUUCCAGCACGCAUCCUCUCGAACCAAAAGCUCGAGGUUGAACGCUGUUUCCCAGAGUUCGUUGAUCUUGGCAACUAUGGCUAUUUGCUGCGGGAGACUUUCCCUACUGGUACAGAUCUUCACACUGGCGAACGUCCUGGCGGAUCUCAUCGAAUGUGCUUACUCGAAAUUCACGCAUCGCGCCAUCAAAGUGACCCCGCAUCAAGAAAGAGAAGACCUAUUGCGCCGCUCGGGCGGUCACCAUCACUGGCGCAAACCGCUUUAUAACCACCGAGGUGUAUGAGAAGCGUAAGAUCAACCUCCAAGUACAAAAAAAUACGAAUCGCAAUUUGGAGCUUCUGAAAGUCCAGCUACAGAAUGGGGCCUAGUCAUAUAUGAGUGUGAUCGAGCCAAUUGCCAAGACCAGUAUUACUGUUGACGAUAGCCUUUUGGUGAUCCUUGAGGUGGAGUUCCGCUGCAUCGGCGAAUGGGCGGAGAAAUAUACCCUGCACUUCGAUAAUUUUAAGGUGGAGCGCAUUUUCAAGAUCAUUGCCUGCAAAACACAGAAGCAGGCCGACGAGGCGAGCAUCAUCUGGUUGCGACCGAAUGUUUGGUGAUGCAUUGGCGGCUUUGAAGUUCCAGAGAUUCUGCGCAAUGUCUACCUGAGAGAAUCCCAGGUCGAUGACCUAGAGAGAUUGUAUCCGUGCUCGAAAGAGGCCCUGUGCAUGGCCAACUAUGUGCAGCGCUUCUGUUUCUUCUUGCAUCUGGAGGAAAUGGAAGUGCUCAUUAGGAUUCGAAGAUUUGACAGACACAGGGCUCACAUGAAAAGGGAAGGGGAGUACCUAUCCCUCAAAAUCGAGUAGGGAAGGGGAGCACCUCUCCCAUGGGCGAUCAGUUCAGAAGCGAGCCGUCUUUAAUAUCCUGCGGGGCGAGGCCAAGAACCUGCCGUACGUGAUCUUCGGUCCGCCCGGACCCGGCCAGACCGUCACCCUGGUGGAGGCGGUGCUGCAGAUGG